AUGCAGGAGACACCGUUCUGCCUCAGAGUUGGACACCUUCUCCCCUACUCCAUGUCAGAUUCCAACACAACCGACUUCACCAACCCCUCCAGCUUCAUCCUGCUGGGCAUUCCUGGCCUGGAGGGGGCCCAUGUCUGGAUCUCCAUCCCCUUCUGCACCAUGUACACCAUAGCCGUCUUGGGGAACUUCACCAUCCUGUUCAUCGUGAAGAGGGAGCUGAGCCUCCAUGGGCCCAUGUACUAUUUCCUCUGCAUGCUGGCCAUCACCGACCUGGUCGUGUCUACAUCCAUUCUGCCCAAAAUGCUGAGCAUCUUCUGGUUCAAUUCCAGGGAGAUCGAUUUCAGUGCCUGUCUCACCCAGACUUACUUCAUUCACUGCUUCUCAGUGAUGGAGUCUGGGUUUUUCGUGGCCAUGGCUUUGGAUCGCUACGUGGCCAUCUGUGAUCCCCUGAGACAUUCAACUAUCCUGACAAAUCCCGUGGUGGCCAGGAUUGGGCUGGUUGUGGUGCUGCGCGGCGGCAUGCUCGCACUGCCCUUUCUCUUCCUGGCGAGGCAGUGGACAUAUUGCAGAACCAACAUCAUCCCCCACACAUACUGUGAGCACAUGGCCGUGGUGAAGCUGGCCUGCGCUGACAUCCGCGUCAGUAUUUACUAUGGCCUCUUUUUGGUAUUCUCUGGGAUUGGUCUGGAUGUAUUUUUUAUCACCGUGUCCUAUACCCAGAUCCUCAGGGCCAUCUUCAAUCUCCCCACAAAGGACGCCCGGCUCAAGACUUUUGGGACCUGCGGCUCCCACCUCUGUGCCAUCUUAGCCUUUUACACCCCAGCUCUCUUCUCCUUCCUCACGCAAUGGUUUGGCCACAAUAUACCCGAGCAUUUUCACAUUCUCACAGCCAACGUGUACCUCCUGCUGCCCCCCACGCUAAACCCCAUCAUCUACGGGGUGAGGAACAAACAGAUCCGGGACAGGCUGCUCCGGCUCUUUACUCAUAAAGGGACCUAA